AUGGAAGUAAGCCGACAAUCUGGAUCUUCAAGUGAAGAAGGUGAAGAAGUAACGCGGUCAAGUCAACAAUAUAAUAGACACCAAACUACAAGAUUCGUGAAAAGGAAAGGAAAUGAAUCAGGAAGAAUUUCAGUAGAUUUUAUACACAAAACGAAACAUCGUAAUCAUAGAACCAAUCUUGAAGCUAAUUCCCCGAAAUUUGAUAAUUGUGAGGCUGAAAAUGUUCACGAAGCUACGAACUGUGGUCUUGCCCUCGUGUGA